AUGUCGUCUCAAUCGUUCGCACGGCUUGAAACUCUGCCCGGCCGCCUUCUCCAUCAACGAGGGACAGAAUCUACAACGGCGCGAGACGACGAACCUGGAACCGUGGAUCGACGCAGCGACCACACCGUCGGAAUCCGCGUCCGAGUUGACGACGACGCCGGUGAAGAUCGUGCCCUUGGGGCCCCAUUCGGCAAGUUUCCGCUCGCGGACAGCGCCUGGAGCGCACCCGUCCGCGGUGAUCUCCCAGCAGGUGAUCAGGGACCAGAUGCCCUUGGAGAUGGUCAAGAUGCGCCGUCCGUCGUGGCCAGGAAGGAUGUGGAUGCCGGAGAUCCCCGUCCCGACGCUGGCCGUAAAGUCGACCACCUUCCGCGGCUGUGCGUAGGGGUCUUGCCAGAAGCUCCCGAUGCGCAGCGCGCGCAGGACGGCCCGCUCGAGCUCGGCCGUGGUCAUGGACUUGAGGCGGCGGUGGGGGAACGGGAUCCCAGCGUGCAGAACCUGGCGGACGUAGGCACUGUGCCAGAUCAUGCGGGUGCGACAAAGCACGAGCAUGCGCCUGGAGGUCUACCCCCCGGUCAUUGCGGGCGGGGUGGGGGGAAGCAACGACGGACGCACCUGCCUCAGAGCCAGGAUGGAGGACACCGGGAGGAAGCUGAAGAUGAUGAUCAACGUAUCAUCGUUCAUUCCGCAGAACGACACCAUUCUGGAGCCAUCCAUGCGGAAGAGAAGGGGGGGGGGGUGCUCUACGGAAUGGGUGCAGCUGGGUCGACGAGCAGAGCAGCUGCAGACGAGGGCGAGUGA